AUGGCGGCCCGUCUCGCACACAGCUUCGAAAUGCGAACUACACGGAAAUCCUAUGUGGCUCUUCUCCACGGGCACUUUCCCCUCCUUCAGGAGGACCCCGAAGGCACACGGGGGUGGGUGGCGGGGUUGAAUCGGGCGAUCGCCGCAGCCUCGGCGGGGGUGGGAUCCUCCACGGGCCUGCAGGGAGUUCGCCGUGAGGAGCUCUCGAGCUAUCUUUACCCUUUCCCCUCCCUGAAAGGGAAAAUAGAAGAAAGAGAGGGGGUACGUUGGUCUUCGCAUUACAGCUCAGAGACUGCGCGGGUGGAGAAUGAGGAAAUGUUCGCGCGUCUGGAAGGGAUACAAGCGGGGGGAACGCGAAGCGACCCCGACGAAGCAGGUCGAACGGAGGGCCAGGAUUCCUCUCAUCCGGUCAAUGACAAACAAAAAGCCGAGAACAACGAAGGGAAUUUCGGCUGCGUCUUGGAAGUGAGUCUUCCUGUUGGGGUGGAAAAGGCGGCGGUUCAGAAGUGGGGCUCAAAUCGCAUGGCGGUCUUUGGUGAAGGCAGCCGCUGGAGUACAACGUGGAUUCACGUCUUGGAGCGCGGGGUUCUAACGCACCCUACACUGCAAAGACCGGUCCCUAUUACAAAGGUGCUGCUUUGUCCCCUGACCGGGCGCCGCCAUCAGCUCCGCGUGCACUGUCACGCCCUCGGAUUUCCCAUCCUCGGCGAUGAACUCUACGCGGAUGAUCCUUCUCCUUUUCCAAACUCAUCCGUUCCUUCUUCUUCAUUUGCGGAGGAGGUUCGAGGGUGGCCGCGAAUGUUCCUCCACAGCUGGAGGCUUUGCGUUCCGGCGUGUUUGGACGACACACAGGAAGAGGAGAUGCGCGUGGUGCGAAAGAAAAAGCGCAGACGAGAGACCAAAGGCAUCCAAGAGCCUUUUUCCACAACUUCCAUGAUAGAAGAAUGGCAUGAAUUUGUAAGUGAAGAUCCCUUUGUACUUUCAAAGUUCUCUUAA